GAGGUGAAUCAGAUUAUGGAAACCAAUCUGUGGCUGAGACAUGUGUGGAACGACUACAAACUGAAAUGGGCCCCUCUUGAAUACGAUGGGGUUGAGUUCAUACGAGUUCCCUCCAAUAAAAUCUGGAGGCCGGAUAUUGUUUUGUACAACAAUGCUGUGGGCGAUUUCCUUGUGGAAGACAAAACCAAGGCCCUGCUGAAGUUUGAUGGCACCAUCACUUGGAUUCCUCCGGCUAUUUUCAAAUCCUCGUGCCCUAUGGACAUCACCUACUUUCCCUUUGACUACCAGAACUGCUCCAUGAAGUUCGGCUCCUGGACCUACGACAAGGCCAAGAUCGAUCUGGUGCUCAUUGGCUCAAAGGUGAAUCUGAAGGAUUUCUGGGAAAGCGGAGAGUGGGAGAUCAUCGAUGCACCAGGAUACAAGCAUGACAUCAAGUAUAACUGCUGCGAGGAGAUCUACCCGGACAUCACCUACUCCUUCUACAUCCGCCGCCUGCCGCUCUUCUACACCAUCAACCUCAUCAUCCCCUGCCUCCUCAUCUCCUUCCUCACAGUGCUGGUCUUCUACCUCCCGUCUGACUGUGGCGAGAAGGUCACCCUCUGCAUCUCAGUCCUCCUCUCCCUCACUGUGUUCCUGCUGGUCAUCACCGAGACCAUCCCUUCCACGUCACUGGUCAUCCCACUGAUCGGCGAGUACCUCCUCUUCACCAUGAUUUUCGUGACGCUCAGCAUUGUCAUCACCGUCUUUGUGCUGAACGUCCACUACCGCACCCCCAUGACUCACACGAUGCCAGAGUGGGUGAGGUCUGUGUUCCUCGGGGUGCUGCCCAGGGUGAUGCUGAUGAGGAGGCCUAUCGACCAGGUCUGCUCCUCCCCGGCUGGCAUUACAGUGGGGACAGGAGGAGGAGGACGAGGAGGCAGCAGUGGGGGGAAAAAGAAGAGAAAAAACAGUAUAGGUAGUGGCUCAGGAAGUAUAAUUGUUGGAGGUAUCACUGGGGGUGUCGCCUUACCACCUUUGGAUAGUGGCACAGUUGGAGGAGGGACCUCCUCAGCAGGUGGCUCCAUGAACUGCGUGGAGCACCGCGACAUGAACCGGGAUAUCAACAGGAGAUGCCCAUACAGAGGCAAGGAGGUACCAACUCCUGUCCCUCCCCCAAAGGCCCCUCCUCCUCCUCCUCCUUCCCAGCCACCCCAAACCCAAGGGCCCCAGGAGUCAGAGCUGCCCAAGCUGCCCAGGCCCCUAAAUGUCUCAUCACCCGUCAACGCUGUGGUUGCCUUCUCCGUGAUGUCGCCAGAGAUCAAGCAGGCCAUCGAGAGCGUGAAGUACAUCGCAGAGAACAUGAGAACUCGCAACAAAGCCAAAGAGGUGGAGGACGACUGGAAGUAUGUUGCCAUGGUCAUCGACAGGAUCUUCCUGUGGGUUUUUGUCACAGUGUGUGUGCUGGGAACUGUGGGACUCUUCCUCCAGCCGCUCAUCAGCUUCUUCAAUUGAGACACUUGUCUUUUCUCUGUCUCUUUCUCUCUCUCUUUGUCUUCUUCUGUCUAACACACUUGAAUUAGUAAGGGAAUUAUCUGUCCCUCAGCUCUUUCACAUCAAACAAUAUGGGCUGUCUUCUUUCCCCAUUUCUGGCGUUUUGUCUCUCCCCCCCGACUGCAUCUCUCCCGCCAUAAUUUCUAGUCCUCAGAUGUCUGUUUCCUCACAUGACUUACCCGCAUUUCCUUGUCCCUCCCCUUUCUUGCCCCAUUAAUGUGCAUGUAAUGCUGUUAUCCAGUCUCAUAACGUUUUUUUUCCCUGAAAUUAUUAUCACAUCUGCUCUCCUUUUCAGUUUUCUCUUCUCCUAUGAGACACUACUGGCAAUCUUUAUUUUUUUCGUCUUCUGUUUCUUACUGUGCUCAAACCUCUCUGAUUUUGUACUUUUUAAUGAUUUUUAUCAUAUCUCUCAUUUAAUCAUUGUAACUGAGAUCUCUUUUUAAAGAGUUACUUGGUUAAAAGACCGACAAUCAAUAAAAGAAGACAAAUACAACUGUCACACACCCUAAAUACCAAUAUCACACACCCUAAACACCAAUAUCCAAUUAAAAUGCAAACCUACAUAAAGGAGAAAAUUCCAGCCAUAACAGGUACAAUUAUGUAAAAUGUGGAAAAAGUCAUUUUUUUCAGUCCUUUGAAAUUGAUUAAAAUCCUGAUGAUAAUAAAGAGCUCAGAGAAUUCCAGGUUCAGAAGGAGCAGCAUAUUUAAAAGCUAUUUUUCCUAAUUCUAUUCUAACCCAGGGGCUCAACAUUUCUAGAUAGUUGUGAGUGCAGGCCAUCUUGAUUUAACCAGUCCAAGAAGAGAUUUUUUCAUAAAGCUAACAAAUGCAAAAGUGUGUGGAAAUAAUGUUAUGGCCACUAAGCAGUAGAAGAGUGGUGUAAGAGGUUUUCUCAGCCAGCUACGAAUUAAACAGAAUGUUAUACAGUACCCAAUGUCUUUAGGUACUGGUCAGGUGUAUUUAUAAAGAGCAAAUCACCGUAAACAAAUUGCAGAAAUGUAGUCUUUUCUUUCGUAAAGGGAGAAACCCUAAGGAUUUACUCCUUAAAGGAGAGACUCAAUUAUUAUGUUAAAAUGUUAAAAAUGAAAAAUGAUGAUAUACUUAGAAGGUAGUGGUCCGAGGAUUGAACCCUGGGGCACACCUUUUGAUAUAGUGAGGUGGGUAAAGGAAAUAAGCCAAUAUUCUUAGUCUUAUUUGCCAAGGUAAAAUGGUCAAGUAUAUCAUAAGCCUAGGAUAAAUAACAAAAAAAAUGUUCAGUCCAGUGCCUCGAUAAGGGCAUCACCAUUUUAGGUAUAGUGGUGUCUUAAUGAUGUCAUGACUAUUUGUGUCUAAAAGCAAUUUUUAUUAUUGACUAUAAAACUUUUCUUCUUCACGAUAAUUUAGAAAUCGACCUGUAGUUAAUGACAACUGAACAAGUGUGCAUUACUGGAAAUCUCCAGCUGUUCAUUUUUAUUGUACUGUUCUAUACCUGUCCCAUACCUAUAACCAGGUUUGACAUUUCCAGUUAAUGAUCUAAGUAAUUGUAGAACAACAUUUAAUCACACAAAUUUUCAGUGGCAUGCUGACAUCAUAUUCACUGCAAUAACACUUAGAGAAAUGUGAACCAGUACGUCCCUCUUUGGUUUCCAAAUUGAAACAUUAAAUUGACCAGUUUUGUUAUAGGUGAUGUUUAUAUGUAUAAUAAAGUCCAAAUGUAAUUUUAUGGCUGCCACUUCUUUCCCUUGGCUGGUUUUCAUGUUGUCAAAUACUUUCAAUAAUGUCUGUGUUUCCCUGUACAUACUGUACUUUUGUAAAUUAUAAGUUCUGCAUGACUUCUGAGAAGGACACUGACUAUGUCUGUACACCCAUAAUUAUGAUGAUGUGUUUUCCACAUGUGCUCCCACUAAGUAUAAUGAUGCACUGCACAAAAAGUCACCAUAUCAAUACAAACUUACAAUGUAUAGAAACUCUUUGAAUUGCACAAUUUAGAUUAAACUUGUAAAAAGA